AUGAAAUUUAUUAUUUUAAUUAUUGCAAUUUUGUCAAUUGCUUCUAGCAUCAGUGCCCAAACCAAUGUCCAAUUCAUUUCAUCAACAACAACCUUCAAUGUUACCGGAACUUUCGAAGAAUUAACCUCUGCACCAACUCAAUUCCGUUUCUCAAAGUACAACAAUGCAAUUCAACUUCAAACCAACCAAAUGGUUUUCAAGAACAAUUUGGAAACUCCAGUUGCAACAGUCUCAUUUAUCUCUGCUCUUUCUCUUCCAUUGACUUCCGCUAUCAGACCAAACAAGGUUGCUUAUGGAAAUGGUCUUAUUCAACUUUAUCGUCCAUCAACUGGUGUUCAUGACUAUUUUGCUGCUUUGAGUAUGAUUAACAGUCUCAAUGAUUUCACAGUUUCUUUAGCCGAUGCUUCUUUAAUCAGUGUUGUUAUCCAACCAGGAGAAUCUUUGAUUGUUAAAGAGUUGAGCAUGACCUGGGUUCAAUAA